CGAUUUCAGUCUGAUCAUUGUGCCUUAAAAACCAUGACUCAGGGGACCCACAGAAGAUCCCCAUGACACGGUCAUCAGACUGUUGAGUUUGCCUUGCAGCUUCAUGUACUGUAAUGCACACAAACCCAACAGUAAAGAGUUAUACUGUAUCUCAGUCAUGAGCUGGAUUGUUAAAGCAGAGUGAAGGAGGAGGUGCAUGGAAAAUUAUCCUGUGUUUAAAAAAAACCCCACACACACAUAGGCAUGCUGAAAAGGGAUCAUUCCCAUUUAGUGAGCACAAGAAAAACAAGGAGCUGCAACCACUUACUACACAAUCACAUCUUUGUACCUUUAUGAAUCUUUAACACAACUAUGUUUUAUGGUGCAGAAUCAGAUGACUGUAAUUUGAAGCAGACACCAGUUCAUCUUGCUUUGUGGGACUCCGCUGUCUUUAAUUUGGUUUACUCUCAACUUUGACAAAGAAUGAAGAUUUCUCUGGUGGUCAACCUUUGUUUCAUCACAGUGGUGUGUGCAGAGACCUCAGGGGCCCUGGAGGUACGCGGUUAUGUUGGAGGACAGGUCUCCAUCCACUGCUCCGGUAGCUGGACCACAAACACCAGCUCCAACCUCUACAACAUGUACUACUUCUGCAAGGGAGUGUGCUCCAAAGAAAACAUUCUCAUUCAGGCUGAGAGGAUAAGAGAUGUGAUCGUGCAGCGAGGGAGAUACAGCAUGGAGGUCAGCAGAGGAGCUGGAGUCAUCAAUGUGACCGUAAUGAGGCUGAGACAGAUGGAUGCUGGGAAGUACCACUGUGGACUGAAGAAUAACUUUACUGUAUGGCACCAGGAAGUUAUUAUCAACGUCCUAGAUGGUCCCACUGUUCCCCCUGGAUCUUCUCAAUCCAACACCACACUGCAGACACAGGCACAAACAUUGACCCAGGGCAAUCUCCCAUCAAGCACCGUGGCAUCCGGAGCAUUAUCCACCCCGCCGGCUACCGUGGAGAUGACAAAGAAGCAGGGAGCAACCAGCCUUACAGAUACAACAAUAGUCAUCAUUGUUUCAGUGAGCCUGGCUCUUCUGGUUUGUGCAAUUAUCCCUGUAAUAUUUUAUGGACACUGGCGCAGUAAUGCAGUUGGUGAGAACAUAUCUGUGACCAACACGGAUGAGGGAGAUUACUGUGUGGAACAUAGAAAUGUUGCCUCCACGCAGACAGAAAUGAGGAUGCAGGCUUUAGAAACAGCUGCUGAUGCCCAGUCCAGUAUUCAGGAUGUUUCUCAGUAUGCCUCCAUCUACCAGGCUCUUGACCCCAAAGCCCUGGACUAAACAGCAUUUCAAGUUUUCUCUGAUGUUUUUUUUUUUUUUUUCAAAUAAAGAACAAAUAUUUGAAUAGUGUUCUUCCUUUACAUGUCAAGCAUCUGCUACUUCAUUUUAUAAAUGAAAUGACAGAUGUAGUUUCUUAAUGUGGUGAUGAAUGAAUGCACAAGUUCAUAAAGUAUUAAAGCAUAAACUCAUUUAAUGCAUCGAUCUAACAAAAAAAAAAAAAGAUUGGUUUUUAGUUGUUUCUUCUAGUUUUCAAUUGGAAUUAUUUUGAGAGAAUUAUACUAAAGAUAUAUAAAGAAAAUACUUCAAUGGUAAAUAACUGUUUUUUCUUCUUAUUUUUU